GGCAAAGGUGCUGCUGGUUUCCCCCACACGGAAGUGCCAAUAAUAUAUGGAUGUUUUGGUGUUGCGUGGCAAAUGGCUUAUAUUAGGCAAGCAAGCAAAUAGGUUGACAUGCCAAAUGGUUUAUAUAGUUAUAUUAUUAGCCGUUUGGCCUUUGAAAUCUAGAGAUCCGUAUCUCUCCCGCGUCCGCUUUUCCCGCCCCUUUCUCUCUCUCUCUCUCUCUCUUCGCCACCUCCAUUGCCCUUGCCCUCUCUUUCCCCUCAACCAACAAACAACCCUUCUCCUUUUGUCUCUUCUCUUCUCUUGAUCCCAUCUCUUAUUUUCAGUUUUCCAUUAUACUUGACCUCAUCUCUCUCUGUUUUUUUAUUUUUUUUUUAACUCUCCCAAUAUAUAGGAGCAUUAGGAAAGAAGAAAAACAAUAAGAACAGUGUGAGUGUUGGUGGGGAGGGGUGUUGAUGCUUAGAGCUAUUUAAAUUCAGAUGAGGAGGAAGAAGGGUCAGUUCAAUGAGCAUGAUAUGCUAGCUGCAUAUGCCUAAUUGAUCUAUUGAUGCUGCAUAUGGAUUCUUCAGAAAAACGUGCAAGGAGAAGGAGGUGACGAGUCACCGCCACCGCCAUCAUCAUCAUCAUCUUCUUUUUUUCUUAUCUGGACGUCAGUGCUGCUGAGGACACACGCUGGAGGGGAGGAAGAUGGCGGACCAAGGCGAGGAGAAAAAAUCUUCUGGCUGCGGCCUCCUAGUCCUCUACUACACCAUCUUCCGUCGCCAGCCCUCCUCCACUGCUCCUGCUCCCCGCCGUUCUUCCUCCACCAGCUCCAUCCCCAAUACCAACACCAACACCAAUGCCCAUGCCCAUGCCGACCUCUCUCCUUCCAACUCCAAGCGUCGCCGCGCUGGUUCUGACGAGGUCACCCUGCUCAGCCACGUCAAGCCACCCGACCUGCCCAACGGUCCCUCCCAAAUCCGCUCUAAACAAGAUGCUCACCCCACAUGCCACUGCCACUUGCUAUCAGAAACCUAUUGUCAGGAAACAACCACCCUCCAAUGAGUUGUCUGUCAAGACGGUGCCCGGACCAGGACCCCUCAAGCGCCUGCAGAGCAAUGGACUCACAGCCGAGCUUGAGAGCAUGAUCCACGAUCACCAGCGGACCAAGGGGAGCAGCACUCUGGUCCGGGCUUCGUCCGGCAACGUCAUGCUUUACGGCAACUUGGGUAACAUCCGGGCACCUGGUGCUGUCACCACCAAUCAUCACCUGUCAAAGGCCGCCGCCGCAGCAGCAGAGACAAGAGAGAAUGCAAAUAAUGACAAUGCUGUGAGCAACAGCAGCAGUAGCACAGCUAUAGAACCCGUGAUGUCCAUGUGCAGAGCAUUGUCGAGGAGAUUGGACCCGGAGGAGCUGAAGGAGAUGGGCAAUGAUGAGUAUAGCAAGGGCAGAUACCCCGAGGCCAUUGCUCUCUAUGAUCGUGCCAUCUCCUCAGACCCUCAGGUGGCCUCUUAUCACAGUAACAAGGCUGCAGCGCUCAUGCGUCAUGGGCUUCUCCUCGACGCCGUGGCUGAGUGCACUGAAGCUGUCAGGCUCGAUCCUUGUUAUUCCAGAGCACAUCAUCGUCUGGCCACUCUUCAUCUCAGACUGGGUGAAGCCGAGAAAGCAAUCCGUUACUACAAGUUAGCCAAGGGUGAAACUAAGGCCAAUGAUAUUUCACAGGGGCAAGCUCUCCAAAGCCAUCUCAACAAGUGCAAUGAAGCACAUAGGCUCAAGGACUGGCACACUGUUCUUAAAGAAGCAGAGGCGGCUGUCAACUCUGGUGCUGAUGCUGCUCCACAGGUAUUUGCCUAUCAAGCAGAGGCGCUCCUGAUGACCCACAAGCAGGAAGAGGCGGAUUCAACGUUGAUCGAUGCACCCAAAUAUGACAUUGAUGCGUCUACAAGCUUUUUCGGUCCUUGCACGAAUGCAUAUGUACUCGCUGUACAAGCACAAGUCAAUAUUGCGGCGGGAAGGUUUGAGGAUGCAGUUAAAUUGGCUCAAAAGGCGGCGCGUCUUGACCCUAGCAGCAAGGAUGCAAAUGCAGCAGCCCAGAAGGCUCUUGCUGUGGCAAAUGCUCGAUCCAAAGGCAAUGAUCUGUUUAAGGCCUCCAAGUUUGGAGAAGCAUGUAUCGCAUAUGGAGAAGGCCUUGACCAUGAUGCGCACAAUGCAAUUCUGCUCUGCAACCGUGCUGCUUGCCGAUCAAAAUUGGGACAAUGGGAGAAGGCCAUUGAGGACUGCAAUGCUGCUCUUAACAUGCGGCCUUCUUACACCAAAGCUCGUUUGAGGAGAGCUGACUGCAAUUCCAAGCUGGAAAGGUGGGCAGCAUCAAUAGAGGACUAUGAGAAUUUACUUGACCAUGUACCAGGGGACGAGGAGAUUAGCAAGGCCUUGACUGAGGCUCAAGCUAAGCUCAAGAAGCAACAAGAAGCAGCACUCAGUGGCAUGAUAAACUCCGGUGACUCUCAUCUGAUACGCAUCACAGCAGAGGAUCAAUUCAGGCACAUUAUCAUGUCAUCUGGGCUGUCUGUUACGCUCUUCUUCAGUAAACAAAGCGAAGCUUCAAAUCCUUCAUUGCCUUUGAUGGAGCAACUCUGCAAGCAAUACCCUUCAAUAAAUUUCCUCAAGGUAGAUGUGGAAGAGAACGCCUCCCUAAAAAAGUCAGAGAGUGUAACCUCAGUCCCCAGCUUCAAUGUUUAUAAGAAAGGUUCUAUUAUCAAAGGUGUUUCAGGGUCUGACCACCAUCAGCUUGAGAGCACAGUCAGAAGUUUCACUACUAAUUGAAUUGAAGAGGCGAAAAGAGAAGAGCUAGAAGAGAUGAGAGGAACAAAUUAAAGAUGGAAGAAAAACAACCCAAUGCCCAUGCAUGAUAUAUAUAUAUAUAUAUAGAGUAUAUAUAUAGGUGUUCCAAGGCUGAAGUUGAAAAGAGAUCGGCAAUUCCUUUUACAUGAAUCAAUCAUUAAUGUUUGUGUUGAUAUAACACAAGACAAGGGACAAUAACGUACACACAAGAGAGUGAACAGUGGUUGUCAAAUGUAUAUAUAUUUGUACUGCUUCUCUUGCUAGCUACUUUGAUCUGAUCCAGCAUGUGGAACCGGGUAAAUCAACAAAAUUAA